AUGGUCUCAAAUUCACCAGCCUCCCAAGAUGACGAUCCCGGCCCCGACCUUGAGCCCGGCGGCGGAAUCCCGGUUGCAUCCGCUGCCGCCGCUUCCGGAAGCUCGUCUCCCGAAACCACAGCUGCCACGCCCAGCCCCGAUACGUCCGGACAACCGCCUACCAGCGCCGAGGCCGCAGCUGCAGCCGCCUUGAGAAAGGAGAAAGGCCGCGUACGCUUCAAUAGCAGAGCGGCCGUGACCCAGCCACCAACUUCACCACCACCAAAGUCUACCACUUUGCCUGUCCCGACGCCGGCAAUCCCACCCAGACCCUCCAUCUUGCGAGGCAGUUCUGGAGGAUCUAUCCCGACUGUUGCCACGCUCGCUCAGGACCAUCCUCGCCCGUCGAUCGAGAGCGAACGCCUGGAAGCCAAGUCUGCGGCCGCCGCUGCCCAGGAACGGGCACGUCAGGUCGCCGCCAACGUUCAACUUGGCUCGCCAGUGCGGGAGGGCCGCGAGAGCCGGGCCUCUACUGAGUCCGCCGGCACGACCACCGCAAGCGAGUACGAACAGCCGGACCGAGAGGGGGGAUACAUUCCCCUCCAGGACCUCAACUCUCGCCAACCCCUGACCGACGCAGCCCCCGGCGAAAACGAGAACGAGAAGCACGAGCAUCAAGCGCAGCUCAACUCGGAGGCCUAUCGGAUCGUGAGAGCCCACACUUGGCGUAUCGCUUCCAAGACCGAGAGCGAAGCCGGGCCCUCGAAUGCUCAAGAUGCUGAAAAGACGGAGCAGACCGAUCACCUACUUCCCGAAGUCAACGACGGCAACUAUGACGGCGUUUACGUCGUUCCCCCGCCCAAGCAGUACCGCGGUAGCGUUCUAUCUCAGCUCCUGAAGUUGUACAAGCCGGCAGAGACGCCGGCUGCGCCGGCUUCGAACAAGCGCAGUUCCGUCGCUUCGUUCACCGGUUUUGGAGGGCCUCUCUCGGGUACAAACACUCCAGGCUCGGAGUCUGGUACUACGACCCCAACCACGCCCAACAAGAAGAAGUGGUACAACGCCAAUAAGUCCACCGACACCUUGGUCAAUCUCAUCGAAGCAUCAGCUCGUCUUGCCAAUCCCAACCAGAAUGGCGAGGGCCCUGCGUCCCCUGGCGCCAGCAAGGCCGCUGCCAAGAAGCAGCGUCCGAAGCACAAGCGGAACAACAGCAACUCUCGCAUCAGCGCGUACCUUGCCCGAGAGGAGGAAGAGGCCAAGAUCACGGUUCACAUUGCCGAGACGCUUGCCCGCCAAGAGUACAUCAUCACUCUUUGCCGUGCUCUCAUGAUGUUUGGCGCGCCUACGCAUCGUCUUGAGGAGUAUCUCAGCACGACGGCCAAGGUUCUCGAGAUUGAUGGCCAGUUCCUUUACCUACCUGGAUGCAUGAUCAUCAGCUUCGACGACAGAUCGGUUCAUACGACUGAAGUUCGAAUCGUGCGGGCCGCGCAAGGUAUCGAUCUCGGCAAGUUGAGAGACACGCACCACAUCUACAAAGAGGUGAUCCACGACGUUGUCUCUGUCAACGACGGAAUCGAGCGCCUCGACGUCCUCCUCAAGUCUAAGGACAAGUUUCACGCCUGGAUCAGAGUUCUCGUCUUCGGCUUAACCAGCGCCACUGCCGCCCCUUUUUCAUUCGGCGCUCGCCUCAUCGACCUUCCCCUCUGCUUCUUCUUCGGCUGCCUCGUUGGUUUCCUGCAACUCAUUGUUGCCGCCCAGUCGAAGCUCUACAGCAACGUCCUCGAAGUUACGGCCACGGUCUUGGUAAGUUUCUUGGCCCGAGCCUUUGGCAGCAUCAGAGGUGGGAGCCUCUUUUGCUUCUCCGGAAUCGCCCAGGGCGGCAUCGUCAUGCUUCUUCCAGGAUAUAUGCCCACGGGCACCAACAGGACAACCGCUGAUGAACCAGUGUGUUCCGCACUCGAACUCCAAUCCCGCGCCAUCGUCCCCGGUUCGAUUCGAAUUGUGUACGCAGUGAUCUACAGUCUGUUCCUUGGCUUCGGUAUCACCAUUGGCGCCGCCAUCUACGGUCUCAUAGAUGAGAACGCCGUGUCCACCACCAGCUGCGAGAAUUCGAUCCCGACCCUGUACACCUUCAUCUUCGUACCGCUUUUCGUUGUCUGCAUCGCAAUUCUAUACCAAGCCAAAUGGCGCCAGAUGCCUGUUAUGUUGGUCGUUGCAUUCGCAGGCUACAUGGUCAACUACUUCAGCGGCCUCCGGUUCGCCGCCGCCCCUCAGGUCGCCAACACCCUCGGCGCCCUCACCGUCGGAGUCCUCGCCAACUUGUACUCGCGCAUCCGCCACGGCGUCGCAGCCGCCACCCUCAUCCCUGCCAUCUUCACCCAAGUGCCAGGAGGUCUCGCCUCCACCGGCGGCCUCCUGAGCGGUCUAACCACAGCCAACAAGAUCACCAACUCGACGCACGCGGUCAACGGCACGACGUCCGUCGAGUACGACGGCACCGAGAUGAACACGGUCGUCUUCAACGUCGCCGCAUCCAUGAUCCAGAUCGCCAUCGGCAUCGCCGUCGGCCUCUUCCUUAGCUCCCUCAUCAUCUAUCCGCUCGGCAAGCGCCGCAGCGGCCUUUUCAGCUUCUAA